AUGCAAGCCUCCCGUUGUUUUAUGGAGCAUAUACCAGAGGGGCUCUCCUGUCUUCCGAGUUUUGAGCAACUGACAAAAGGACUCGGCCGCGCAGCUGCUGCAGUGGAGCACCCCGCGACCGGAGCGAAGCGUUCAAGAGCGGGCGAAGCGUUCAAGAGCGAACGAAGCGUUCAAGAGCGAGUGAAGCGUUCAAGAGCGAGUGAAGCGUUCAAGAGCGAGUGAAGCGUUCAAGAGCGAGCGAAGCGUUCAAGAGCGAACGAAGCGUUCAAGAGCGGGCGAAGCGUUCAAGAGCGGGCGAAGCGGGCAAGCGCGGGCGAAGCGGGCAAGCGCGAGCGAAGCGUUCAAGAGCGGGCGAAGCCUGCGUUGCGUUGCGUUGCGUUGCGUUGCGUUGCGUUGCGUUGCGUUGCGUUGCGUUGCGUUGCGUUGCGUUGCGAGGCGCGGCGCGGCGCGGUGAGUCCUCAUCUGAAUCCCAGCGCAAAACGACCAGCUGGAGCGCUACGCAUGAGCAGGAGGAACGGAAUGAAGUCAACCUUGAGGCAGCUUCGGACGUAGAUUCGAGGGACGUCGCCCAGCGCAGGCCAGCGCAGCGCAGCGCCGAGCACAACGGAGAGAGGAGCGGAGCUGAACCGUCGAGAGUGUGCGUCUGCCCGCCCCGCCCACGAGCAUUUGGUGUUGACAAAUCGCUAAAACAAUUAAUACGUGCGGCAUUCGUUGUACAAUACAUGGUGAUUGAAAAAGCUGAACGAGUUAAGGUGAUUGGGUUAAGUUAGCUCUGCAAAGUAAUUGCCAAUUUGACUAGCUUCAUACAAACAUUUGCAAGUCGACGGCGAGGGUUUGAUUUUCCCAGCGAUUCUCUUAAACCAUAUUUGAGUUCAACCAACACAAAAUACUGUAUACAGAUGUGGUUUAUCUUGAUUCAGGUUCCUGUCAUAUCUGCUACUAAAUAAUUUAUACGAUGUGUCAGAAUAACUGUUACAAAGUUCUAGGGCAUUAAGAUGUAGGGCGUGUCAAAUGUGAUUACGUUUUGCCAAUGAACUCGUAAUAGGAGUUUGCAAAUAACCGAAAUAUAUUAAUUUAUACGCCCGUCUUAUGUACGUGAUUGUUUAGCAAUUCCACAAGCACAGGUAUUCGACAGGUACAUAAAAUUUCCUUGACUGCGAGAAAACGCGAUCUGCCGAACGAGAACUACACACGGGAUUGUCUAAAAAUCAGGGACAAACGUCACGUGUUUAAAUGCAUAUUACUACGUUAGGUACAUGAAAUAUUUCACAACUUGUUCACUGGCAAAAAAGUAUCGUCCUUUCUACAUGCCCUAAAAGUUUGUAACAAUAAUUUCAAGACAUCUGUAUAAAUUAUUUUUAUUAAUUAUGCCCAUUCUACACAUAAAGUUACCUAUAUGUUUUACUUGUUUAUCAAAUAUUUUUUUUAACUCGCGUCCCGCAAUGUAUGUGCCAUCCACGCACUGACGACUUGGCGUUGCACUUCUCACACUAAACGUGUUUCAAUCAUGAGCUGCUGCAGGCCGAUGACGAAUGGGAAAGUAAGAACAAAUUAUAAAGAAGAUUCCCGUUAUAUUGAAAAACUUGAAACAAACAUCACAACAAAAGGCUCAUCGUAUUUUAUCUAUUUAUGAAUAACACAACAUGAAAUAUAAAUAAGACUUAUAAUACUGUUACUAUUACACUGUAAUUCUUUUUUCAAGCAUUAAAAGUUUUUAUGAUCCAAACUUCAAUUAGAAAUUACAGGUAACUACUUUCAUUUUAGAGUAAUUUGUACGAAUAUAUAGGCAUGUCGCGAGAGUUUAAAUUACGCCUUCAGUGUGCCAAGGUUUGAAAAUCGAUCGUUUAUGCUCUACAGAAGACUAAAUUUGAAACUAAGACAGAGGUUCUUAAACUACGUGUCUCAUGAACUGCUUCUUACAAAUUAAUAAUUUACUCAAAUCAAUCAGAGAAAUUGUUCAAAUUCAUUAUAUACUUUCAGUUGAACUUAAAAGUUUGUGAGUAUUAAAUUGUAUUACGAAUAGCCAUACUUUGUAGGAUAAUUUCUUUUCUUUAUGUAAUAUCUUUGUGGAGCCUGAACGAGCCAAUAAAAGGAAAUUGAGUUUUCCAAUAUUUCCUCUCUUGACUCACUUUCUAUAUUACAAGAUUUUACUUAUGAUUAUCAAAACAAAAUAAGCUGCUUAUAAAAUUUUUAAAUGUAAAGAAGCAUUUAUAACUACCUCUCCAUCCAAUAAAUUAU